GCUCCCAACUCCGGGCCACCCUGCCGGGCGGAGGGGGCACUGCUGCCGGCCACCAGCCGCGAGGACGCGCCACUGGUCCCGGAGAGGCAGCCAGCAUCUGCUGGGUCGUUCGGGCACCUCUGAGUGGGCGGCGGCGGCUGCGGACGCCCUUCGCAGCGGUCCAGGACCUGCUAGCGCUGAGGAUUCCUCCAGGGCAGGCGCUCGCUUUCUCUUUUAUGGAGCUUGGGCCCCUGUCCCAGCCCGGUGGAGGCUGUGGCGGUCGAAGUUCUCGAAGCCUGCUUCCCCGCCCCGGGGCCCGUCCCUGGCUACCGGGAGUGGAGGCUCCUACGAGGUAGCAGCGGCCUGCACAGGCCCCCUUCCGCCGUGAACCAUGGGCCAGAAGCUCUCCGGGAGCCUCAAGUCGGUGGAGGUGCGCGAGGCGGCGCUGCGGCCAGCCAAGCGCGAGCCGCGUGGAGUGGAGCCCGGCCGGCCGGCGCGGCUGGACCAGCUGCUGGACAUGCCGGCUGCCGGGCCGGCGGUGCAGCUGCGGCACGCGUGGAACCCCGAGGACCGCUCGCUCAACGUGUUCGUCAAGGACGACGACCGGCUCACGUUCCACCGGCACCCGGUGGCGCAGAGCACCGACGGCAUCCGCGGCAAGGUGGGCCACGCGCGCGGGCUGCACGCCUGGCAGAUCACGUGGCCUGCGCGGCAGCGCGGCACGCACGCCGUGGUGGGCGUGGCCACUGCGCGCGCACCGCUGCACUCGGUGGGCUACACGGCGCUGGUGGGCAGCGACGCCGAGUCGUGGGGCUGGGACCUGGGCCGCAGCCGCCUCUACCACGACGGCAAGAACCGGCCCGGCGUCGCCUACCCGGCUUUUCUGGGGCCGGACGAGGCCUUCGCGUUGCCAGACUCGCUGCUCGUCGUGCUGGACAUGGAUGAGGGCACGCUCAGCUUCAUCGUGGACGGCCAGUACCUGGGCGUGGCCUUCCGUGGCCUCAAGGGCAAGAAGCUGUACCCUGUGGUGAGCGCCGUGUGGGGCCACUGCGAAGUCACCAUGCGCUACAUCAACGGCCUGGACCCCGAGCCCCUGCCGCUGAUGGACCUGUGCCGGAGAUCUAUCCGCUCUGCCCUGGGCCGCCCGCGCCUGCGGGACAUCAGCUCCCUGCCCCUGCCUCAGUCUCUCAAAAACUACCUGCAGUACCAGUGAGCCACGGCCCGACCCUCAGGGCCACACGGUGCAUUCCGGAAGGGCUGUCCCAGGACUUCAGCGCUCUGAGAGGCCGCGGCCUGCUACCCACUUCGGGAAGGAGGAGGAGCCUGCCGGCUCAGUGCCGACGCCCGGAAGGCGGACUCCUGCGUGGAAGCCACGGAGCAGCUGAGGCCGGAGCCUGCUCCCUGUGGAAGUCCUGCACCCCGGCAGGGACACGGCGGCCGCCCAUAUUGACCACAGACCCUGUUUCCUCACUCGAGAGAAAGAACAAAACGCUGGGGCAGGAGACUUUGUCCUGGGCGCUCGGUCGCAGGCAGGGCCAGGGGAAGAUGGCCUCAGGGGCCCCGCCCUCGCCAGGGCAGCCGCCGACUGGCGAGGGGACAAAGCCCCGCUCAGGCCUUGCGGAUUCCCUCUCUGGACUCUGGACAUGGUUUACUCACCCCUUCCCUGCGCCCUGCCCCAGCCCCCGGCCUUGGCCCCCUGGCCACCGGCGCCAGGGCCCGCGGCUCGGUGAGGGGAUUCUCAGCAGUGUGUGCAUUGUCAGGGAGGAGUGUGAGGAGCACAGAAGUCCAAAGGUGCUAAGGGGCGAGGGGGCUGGGGCACCGUGACAGCCGAGCCCCCGUGUCCUCACCCUGGGGAGCCCUCCGGGGCCCGUUCAGGGUGCAGCCUGGCUGUCACAAAGCUUUCUUUGAGCGAAUUAUUUUUUCACUUUAGGAGACUUGUACGAGUUUGUUCCUUGUUUCAAAUGUGUGUGUGAUGUGCUGUUUAUUUAUCAGCCUGGGAGCCAUGGGGGAGGCCUUGUCGCUGGAAGGGGGGCUGUGGGGACACAUCCUCCACCCGCCGGGAGCCGCCCGGGAGCCUGGUCCUCUCCUGGGAAUGCUGCUGCUGCCGCCGCCGCUACUGCUGCCACCGCCACCAUUUGGCGCCUCCUGUAUGCCCCGGGCGCACUCUGCCCACACUCGCGUCUGGCCGGACGUGGCCACAGCAGUGAGAUCCCAGAGCCCCAGGCAGCGCUGCCUGCCCCCACCUCAAUGUGAAUCUGACCGCGAAUGAGGAGCGUUUCUAAUAAAGUCU